GAAGUCCCCUGAUGAAGAAAACCCGAUCACUGCUGAGAAUAUCAAUUUGGAGGGUAUCAUAAUCACCUCUACUCAAAGCAGUGAUAUUUAUAAUAUGCAACCAGCUUGCAACAGAGCCCUAAACAUACUUGCGUUAAAUAUAUUAAAGUAUCUCCUAGAGGACAAUCUUCGCGGGGAGCCGGAUUUUUCAUCGAUUAAAUCCAACGAUACUAUUCCGGAUUAUGGGCCAUAUGGAAAAUGUGAUAAUCCCAUUUUAACAGAAGACCCACCUAGAUCGCUUGUUCUAAAUGUUUGUGGUGAUAUUGGUUCAUAUGGCAUGGCCGAUGUUAGUGAUCCAUUAUUACCUUUCCAAUACAAAACCGUUGAUGAUGGUAGCGUGGAGGAAGGUGCAAAUAAUUCACAAGAUGAGGUUGUGACUUCUACAACCCUGAAUGAAUCCCACAAACGGCCAAGUGUGGAGAAAAAAAACGAAAGUUAA